UAAAUGAUGGGUUGGCAGAGGGAAGCAAAGGAACAGAAGCACAAAUCCAGAGAGGUGAAAAAGGGUGUGGGGGGACUAUAUAUACUGUAAACAUAUUACCACAAAAGCAGGAAUCUUUGGAUUUCUAUGCUUUCCUCCUACCAAAGCACUUUCUGAGUCUUGAGUCUUACUAAGAGACAAUUGAUAAUUCUUUGUUCUAUGCAAUGAACCUAUAAGAUCUGCAAAUUGAGUGAAGAACUUGAGAGCAGCUACCAUGGAUGGUGUGGUUCAGUUGCAAAGGCAGUUGCUUGACUACACAACCCUACUGUUUCAAGAGGGAUUCCUAAAUGAUCAGUUUACCCAACUUCAGCAACUCCAAGAUGAGACCAACCCAGACUUUGUGGUUGAAGUGGUGUCUCUCUUCUUUGAAGAUUCUGAGAGGCUUCUUAAUGAACUGGCCAACACCCUAGAUCAGCAGAGUAUAGAUUUCAGGAAGGUGGAUUCGCAUGUUCACCAGUUGAAGGGUAGCAGCUCAAGCAUUGGUGCACAGCGAGUUCAAAAUGUCUGCAUUGCCUUCCGCAACUUCUGUGAUGCACAGAAUACUGAAGGGUGCCUGAAAUGCCUGCAACAGGUAAAGAAUGAGUAUGCCCUUGUAAAGAACAAGCUUGAGACUCUGUUCCAGCUGGAGCAACAAAUUUUGGCAGCUGGUGGAUCAAUUCCUAUGUAGUAAAAGGCAAUAGGCUGUCAUCCAUGGUGAGCAAGAGGACAAAUGGCAUAUUGGAUUUGUAGAGAAGUUUCUUCUGCCUUUCUUUUUCUCCUUUUUCCUUUCAAGGUGAUUACUAGAGGGUUAUGACGACUUUUGAGCUUGAGGUUGUACUAUAUCAAUGGAUGAAUAAUGACUGAAUGUGAAUCAAUGGCAUCACCUUUCUUCUCAA